GCAAACACGUGGAGCUCCUGUGGCAACUGAGCGGCGGGUUCAACACACCAGGCUGUUUGCAGAGAGGAGCGAAUGCAAAUAAACAACAGGCCCGACAGAUUUCAGCAUGAGCACAGAUUUAUAGCGAGGGUUCUGCCUCAUCGCAUUCCAAUUCUGCUUGGAAGCAACAUGGCUGAGAGAAGCCGGGAUAUGCACAGGGAAGGAUUGCUGCUGGUGCUCCUCGUUCUGCUCGCUUCCCUCCAUCUGCUAAUAUGUCCCUUCACGAAAGUGGAAGAAAGUUUCAACCUGCAAGCGGCGCACGACCUGUUAUACCAUGGUCUGCAACUGGACAAGUACGAUCAUCAUGAGUUCCCUGGUGUUGUUCCAAGGACCUUUGUGGGACCACUGUUCCUUUCAUUGCUGUCUGCGCCAGCUGCUGCAAUUCUGUCAGCUCUACAUGUGUCCAAGUUUUACUCGCAACUUGUAGUUCGAGGAUGCCUGGGACUCUGUGUGAUUUUUGCGCUCUGGAAGCUUCAGAAAGAAGUUAGAAAACAAUUUGGCUCAACAGUAGCUUCUCUUUACUGUUGGAUCUCAGCAACCCAGUUUCAUCUCCUCUUCUAUUGUUCAAGAACUCUCCCAAAUACAAUUGCAUUUCCUUUUGUCAUCUUGGCCUUCACUGCCUGGAUGCAGCAGAACUAUGGCACCUUUAUUUGGUUUUCAGCCUUAUCCAUCAUUGUGUUCCGAUCUGAGCUUUGCAUAUUCCUGGGCCUCAUGUUGCUGCUAUCAAUAGUGAAUCACCGUAUUUCUAUUUUCAAAAGUCUGUGUCAUGCCGUACCAGCUGGUUUGGUGUGGUUGGGUCUGACUGUGUGUGUGGAUUCUAUAUUUUGGAGACGCCUCCUAUGGCCUGAGGGAGAGGUACUUUGGUACAAUACAGUCUUGAAUAAGAGCUCCAACUGGGGAACAUUACCAUUUUUCUGGUAUUUUUACUCAGUGCUGCCCCGUGCUCUUGGUUGCAGCAUAUUGUUUCUGCCUCUUGGCGCUAGGGACCAGAGGAGUUGGAGGUUUCUGUUCCCCACAGUUGGUUUCAUCUUCUUAUAUUCAUUCCUACCUCACAAGGAGCUGCGCUUCAUAAUCUACACUUUUCCUGUUUUGAAUGUAAUUGCAGCAAUAGGAUGUUCGCACAUAAUGAUCAAUUACUACAAAUCCUUACUAUAUAAGUUAGGAUCUGUUAUUGUGAUUGCACAUCUACUUGGAAAUGCUUGCUACACUGGGAUGUUACUAUAUGUAUCCCACCACAACUACCCAGGUGGAGUUGCCAUGCAAAAACUACACAAGGCUGUGCCUGCAACAACAGAUGUUUCAGUGCACAUUGAUGUUGCUUCUGCACAAACUGGUGUUACCCGAUUCCUUGAACUCAAUCCAAAUUGGUGGUAUGAUAAGAGGGAAGAUCUUAAGCCAGGAAAUGUUGGAAGUUUUGCACAUACUCAUUACAUAAUGGAAAUGAACCCAAUAUAUAUAUCACAGUACAGAAACACUCACAGGAUAAUGUUUAAUAUUUCUGGUUUUAGUGGGAUUGGAUUUAACUUAUCUCAACUACCUCUACUUUAUGUUAAAACUGAGACAAAAUUAGUUAUAUUAGAAAAAAUAUACACAUAUCACGAGAGUAUGAGAAAAGGAUGAAAAUUACCCAGCCUUUCUAACAUUCUUUAUUAAGAUUUACAGACAAUGUGCUGCUGGUUUUCAUUUAUUCAAGAAUCUGUCUGCUUUGAGUGUUUUGAAUUUGCUGUGCUGAGUGGAUGCUUAUGAAAUAAAACAAAAUUGACAAGAGUUUGCUGUUUAACUUAUGUCAAGUUAGAAAACAUGUCAUCUAAUUUGUUCAAGUUAGAAAACAUGU